ACUGUUGUUAUAAGACAGACUUGAAAAACUGUGAACCCAUCUUUUAAGUAUGAAUGCAGUGUGCCAAAAAGUAAAACAUAUGUGUAGUGUAAGUAUGAAGCAGGUUUCAUUUAAACAUUUAGUAAAUAGACAAUAUGUAACAUAUUUUCUGUGGUUUUGAAAGAUAGAUAGACAGUGUCUGAGCUGUUUUACAUGCUGGUUGAUGUGAGGCUUCCUGUUUCUUACAGUACAGUACAGUGAGAGAUGCGCGUUGCAUUGUGGGGAUACAAACAGCGCAGAAAGGACAGCGGGGAGCAACAAAGGAUCCAAAACAGCAGCUCGGAAACUUUUAACACCUGCUUGGUGUGAUGUGAAUUCAUGUGAGCGUUCAUUAAACUGUGAGAUUUUGGCGGCUGGCAGGCUGGCAACUGCCUGAGAAGCCCGGGGAAUGUGAGUGAGCGGGGCGGAGCGGCAGGUCUCCCACUAACCGCUGCUUUUUGUCCGCUGAGCUGUUUGCAUCCCGAGGCCCGGCCGUUACCACAGGCCUCGUCCCAUAAGGACGCACUUCCUGUACAUCAUCAGAAACUGACUCCAACAUGGGGGUGAAAACCUUCACCCACAGCUCGACCUCCCACAGCCAGGAGAUGCUGGAGAAGCUCAACGCUUUGCGCAACGAGGGUCACUUAUGUGAUGUCACCAUCCGGGUCCAAGACAAACUCUUCCUGGCCCACAAAGUGGUCCUGGCCUGCUGCAGUGAAUUCUUCCGCUCUAAACUGGUUGGCCGGCCAGAGGAGGAGGACAAGUUUGUGUUGGACCUUCAUCACGUGACGGUUAGCGGUUUCGCUCCUCUGCUGGAAUACGCCUACACGUCUACCCUCUCGAUCAGUACGGAGAACAUCAUCGACGUCCUGGCAGCUGCAAGUUACAUGCAGAUGUUUGCUGUGGCUAGUACAUGUUCAGAGUUCAUGAAGUCCAGUAUUCUGUGGAGCCCGGGUAACAACAACAACAACACAAUGGCAGCAGACAAACCUCAUGAAUCAGCACCAGAGAGCGCCUCAUCAAACUGUGCCCUGACGCCAUUGGACGGCAGCGUGUCACCCGUGUCUUCGGACUGCAGUGUGAUGGAGAGAAACGUUCCCAUCUGCCGUGAAUCGCGACGGAAACGCAAGAGCUUUGUAACAAUGGCAUCACCUGAGAGUCCACUCAAAUGCACUACACAGAUGGUCACCACCUCCCCCCAGAUCCCCAAUCCUUCCCCCUCAUUCUCAGACAGCACAGCCCAGCCUGUGGAGUCCUCUCUGGCCUUCCCAUGGACUUUCCCGUUUGGUAUUGACCGGAGGUUCCACUCGGACAAAUCAAAGCUCCCAGAGAGCCCUCGUUGUCUAGAGCAGGGUACCCCAGGGACGUCAGAGGUGGUGGUCAGCCGGCGACUCAGUGACUUCAUGACGUGCGAGAGCUCCAAGGCGGUGUCAUCACCCGUGCCUGCGGAGGAAGAGGACGUGAGGGUGAAGGUGGAGCGUCUCAGUGAUGAGGAGGUCCAAGAGGCGUCUUCCCAGCCAGUCAGUGCCUCCCAGAGCUCGCUGAGUGAUCAACAGACGGUGCCAGGGAGCGAACAGGUCCAGGAGGAGCUCCUCAUCAGUCCACAAUCAUCCUCUAUAGGGUCAAUGGACGAGGGAGUGUCUGAGGGCUUGCCGUCAAUGCAGAGCACCUCUAACGCUGGAGGACAUGCAGAAGACGAUGAAAGGCUAGAAGGUAUUCAGUAUCCAUAUCACCUUUAUAUCAGCCCUUCAGCCCGGCCCGGCACCAACGGCCCAGACCGACCUUUUCAGUGUCCGACCUGUGGAGUCCGAUUCACACGCAUUCAAAACCUGAAGCAGCACAUGCUCAUACACUCCGGCAUUAAGCCUUUCCAGUGUGACCGCUGUGGGAAAAAGUUCACACGGGCCUACUCCCUAAAGAUGCAUCGGCUGAAGCACGAAGGUAAACGCUGUUUCCGGUGCCAGAUUUGUAGCGCCACAUUCACGUCCUUCGGUGAAUAUAAGCACCACAUGAGGGUCUCCCGACACAUAAUCCGCAAGCCGCGGAUUUACGAGUGCAAAACGUGCGGCGCCAUGUUCACCAACUCUGGCAAUUUAAUUGUACACCUGAGGAGUCUGAACCAUGAGGCAUCCGAACUAGCAAACUACUUCCAGAGCAGUGAUUUCCUCGUGCCCGACUACCUGAGCCAGGUACAGGAGGAGGAGGAGGCGCUGGGAGUCCAGUAUGAGCUGGAGGAGUCCCAACACCACCCCGUCUACCCGGGCAGCACCUCCACCUCCACCACCACUGUCGCCUCGUCCUCCUCCUCAGUCCAGAUGCCCGUCAUCUCCCAGGUCUCCUCCUCUACCCAGAAUUGCGAGAGCUCCUCCGGCUUCCUUUCACCCGAGCCCCUGGAUCCCCUGGAAGCCCCAGCCUCCCUCAAGAUGGACGCAGAUGAGACGGCAGCCAUGACAGAGGAGACCAAGAUGGACAACAGUGAAGGAGGCAGUUCCCCAGAGGUGUUUGAAGAAGAGCAGCAGCAGCAGCAGCAGCAUGCCCCGGCCAAGGAGCUGGCUUCCAUUACCAUAGAGUGAUUCAAGUCUUCUACUUGCCCAUCAUGUCUUAUUUUGCAGUCAUGUCAUAUGGGAAUAUCCAGUGAAAUGCCUUGACAGCUAAAAGGGACGACUUGGACAUGUUCACAUGUUGAAACCUCAUCAUGUGAAGCCAUCAAGACACUGAUUGAAGUUUUCUGAAGACUUCAGUUGCCUUGAUGAUGUUUUCCACACGCAACACACAUGCACUUAUUUGAUUUUAUGUUUUACACCAAACUAAAUGCAACAAAGUUUAUGUCUUCAGUGUUUCCCCUAGGUUUACUGCUUUGGAAUGGGGUGGGUGGGUGAAGGGAGGGAGGGUUCAGAGCAAAAACUCGGGAGAGACUCUGCAGCCAGACAUUUCUCCAUUCUCUGUUUAGGAGCGGCUGAGAUUGUCACUACAAUGAGAAUAGGUCAGUCCACCUUAAAGGUCAGUCCACCUUAAGUGAGCCUGGUCAGGUUAGGCUAACCCACUGUUGUGAACUUC